AGUGUGUUUUGGUCUGCUGUCGCGUACGGAUCGUCAGCUGCUGCUGCAGCCGGGAUAGUUAUUUUUGCCGCCGAGCAUACGGUGUGUGUUGAGAGAGAAUAAGAACAAGAAGGCAGGAAAUUGUGAGAUUAUACAUUUCGGUGUUGUGGAUUUAAAGUGGCGGGAAUCCCAAUGAGGCCGAGCAUGUGUGCCAAGAGGUGCAAUUGUCGAGUGUUCUGUGUGUGAAGUGUUUAUUGGAUAAUUUCUUUGGUGCACUCGCGAGACUCUUUUUUUUUACCCUCGAGGGACUAGCGUGCAGCUUCCGGGUGCUCCGAGAGGGAGAGUGAUUGGAACUGCACGAUUUCAUAAGGAAAAAGAAAAUCAGUGAGAGUGUGAGGUGCAAGCGAUCAGCGUGUCUUCCCUGUGUGCCCCGGACAUACCUUCUGGUCGUAUUGCCAUGGAGGAGGAGCUACGUUGUCCUGUGUGCAAGCAACUCUUUGCGAGUCCUGUACUCCUACCGUGCUACCAUGCUCUCUGCUUAGGUUGUGCAUUGGAUCUACAGACCCCAUCUACCACGACCACCAUUGUCACAGCUCAGGUGCAUCCAGCUCCACCUAAUCAUCAGCAUCCUCAUCACGUAUCCUCAUCCGCAUCCACAUCGUCAUCAUCAUCGGCAUCGUCAACAUCGUCCGCCUCCUCAACAUCGUCAGCAUCCUCAACAGGCAGUGCCUCUGCCACUGAGAGUGUGUCCUCCGACCAGGAUCAAGCAGAUAAGGUCAGCAUUUUGAGUGAAGCCGAUUCGGGUGUUAUAUGCUGCACCUCUCGACCGGGGUCCUACGCUGGUACCCCCAAUCUCCAGGGACUCCUCUUCCCACCAUCCGGUGGUGCCGUCUUCUCCCUACCGUGUCCCCUCUGCCGCAAGAUUGUCUUCUUCGACGAGGGUGGGGCCCGCAAUUUACCCCCCUAUCGCGCCAUGGAGUCCAUCGUGGAUCGCUUCUGUGAACGCGAGGCCCUUAGGUGCCAAAUGUGCGAAACAGAGCCGCGUGUUGCGUCCGUUGUGUGUGAACAGUGCGAAAUACGCUACUGUGACACCUGCCGCGAACUCUGCCAUCCGGCCCGCGGUCCUCUGGCCAAGCACAAUCUCACAAAACCCCGCGGGGCAUCUAUGGUGAGGGAAUCAGUAUGUGCUGAGCACACCGAACCACUGAGUCUCUACUGCAUCACCUGCAAGUGUCCAACGUGUCAGCAGUGUCUCACUGAGAAUCGUCAUCACUCGCACGAUGUACAACCCAUCUCUGCCAUGUGCAAGGCUCAAAAGACGGAACUAUCGCACAAUCUGCAACAAUUGUCGGAAAAAGCCAGAUCAACGACAGAGUUCAUACAGCGACUGAAAGGGAUGAGUGACAAAGUGACUGAUUCUUGCAUUGAAUUCGAGAGAUUGGUAGCAGCACAAUGUGAAGCACUAAUCCAGGCAAUUCAUGACCGGAGAGAGUAUCUCUUGGAAGCAAUCAGGCGGGAUAAAGACACUAAGCUACGGAUACUUAAAGAGCAACAAACAAGCUGUACGGGGAAAUUGCAACAAACAACAGGAUUAAUUCAGUUCUGUAUAGAAGCACUCAAAGAGACUGAUAGUGCAGCAUUUCUGCAGGUGGGAACGAUGCUGAUCCAUCGUGUUGCCAAUACGGACGUUACGUGGCACCAAGAGGUGACAAAUGCAGCUCCUCGUGUUUCACCUAUUGUGGAUUUAACACUAGAUGACACGCCACUCCUGCGCGCCAUUGACAAUCUCAACUUCAUUCAGAUGAAACCAUCAAAAGAUGGUGAGGAAAGAAUACCAGCAGCCCCAUUGGCACCCACCAUAAUCCCGGAAGACUGUUCAGCGGAGAAUAAUUCAGUAACGGUAGCGUGGCAGGCACCAAAUCACUCAUUUGUCGAGGGAUACGUCCUGGAGAUGGAUGAUGGGAAUGGUGGAGAUUUUCGCGAAGUUUACUGCGGCAAAGAGACCAUUUGCACUGUGGACGGCCUCCACUUUAAUUCCAUGUAUAAUGCACGUGUGAAAGCGUUCAACAGCACCGGCGAAGGGGAGUAUUCGGAACUAAUUGGACUCCAGACUGCCGAGGUUGCCUGGUUCACGUUCGACACCCAAUUGAGUGGUGGCCCGUGCUCUGGGUUGAAUUUCACCAACGACAACGCCACUGUGUCGGCCGAUGGAUGGGAGCACCGGGUGGCCCUUGGAUCAGUUGGCUUCUCCCGUGGGAUCCACUAUUGGGAGUUCACCGUCGACAAGUACACUGCAGACACGGAUCCGGCAUUUGGGGUGGCUCGCAUCGAUGUGGCCAGAGACAAAAUGUUAGGCAAGGACGACAAAGGAUUCGCAAUGUACAUCGACAGGCAGCGUUCGUGGUUCCAGCACAAUUCUGUGCACGAAAGGCGGGUUGAGGGUGGAAUCUCCACGGGAAGCACUGUCGGUGUGCUCCUCGAUCUGGAACGGCAUGUCUUGAGCUUCCUGGUUAACGAAAUGCCUCAGGGUUCGGUGGCUUUCCGUGAUCUCUAUGGCGUCUUCUAUCCUGCCGUUAGUGUCAAUCGUGGUGUCACGCUCACCCUCCACACUGCCAUUGAUGCUCCACAAAUGGAUUAUCACCACUAAAUCCGCAGCACCUUUGAGAUGUUGUGCAAGACAUGUAAUUUUUACAUUUUUCCAUGCUCCCAAAAAACAAACACAAAAACACAAAACGAAUUUAUCUGCACUCCUCUCUCAUUCCCCCAACAUAUCUCCGAGACAGCAUUUUAGUAGCAGCGCGCACCCUUUGGAGAGGGCUCGAAGGUGAAUUUCCUCACAGCAAAUUGGGGGGAAAUUAUGUCAAAUUCAAUCAACAGCGUGUAAAUACCCGUAAAGACAUCCCAACAUAGCAAUUUCGUGCCCCUCCUCAGAGGUUAUCGACUUGAAAAUCAAAAUUACUGCAUAGAUGAAGCAGAAAUAUUCAAUAGACGAGAAAAUAUUAACGAGAAAAAAAGCAUAGUAAAUGUCACAAGUUUGUGUAAACUCAGCAAAAAAUAUUCAUAGAGGAAUGUGUUCUAAGAAAAAAAAAAUGAAAGGUGUUCAUAAAAUAAAUCAUCGCGUUAUUCUUCAUUCCGUGGAUUAUUUUCUUCAAGGAAAAAAAAUUGAGGAAAGAUUAUUCGAAAAAAAAAAAACAGAAUGGUUUUUGAUCAUUUUGAAUUGUUUUGUACAAAUUUUUAAAUAUUUAAAAAUUAUAUAUUACGUAGAAAUAUCCUAUUUAAAUUAAAUUAACAAUAUUACUAACAGAAAUAUAUAUAAUGCGUAAUUAUGUAAAUGUAUAAUAUAUUAAAUAACAAUAAACAAUUCAAUUAUAAAAAAAA